AUGUUCAUUGGCGGCCUCAGCUGGCAGACGACACAAGGUAAGCUUUUUUCUCCAAACUUUAUAAAACUUUUAUCAGCCGUUUAUUCUCGUAUGUAAUUCUCAGUCAUAUCUGUUUUAAAGUCACAGUGAGAGUAGGAAAUAAUAAUCUGUAGCUAAUAGCCUAAAUCCUAGUUUUGAUUCAAGAUUUCUAAAAGUGAUUAAUGAGUUAUGCUAAACUCAUUUGGCAUCUAGAUAAAUUCAAUCUGUGGUCCACCGCUAAAAUCAAAGCCCCCCAUUCAACUCAGAUCAGUAGCCUAGCCUACAGGGGAAUAUAAUAAAGAAUGCCAAGAUGAAAAUGAACCAAUCCUAAAGUAAUGAGACAAAACUAUAACUGGCCUAAAUCUAUAAAUCCGUUAAAAAUGGUAUGGCAUUUUGGAAAAGGAGUUUACAAAAGUUCUGCUGAAUAAACCAAUAGGCUAUUGUUCAAGACAAUAAUUGCGCAUUUAUCGCAGGAAGAUAGUUUUUGUUGCAUCCCUUGAGGGAUGAGUUUUGUCUUGAUUCUGUCAUUGGAUAAUGGAUCAUAAUUUAGUCUCUAUUAUGUAUAGGCUGUCAUUGUCAACUUUAAACAUUCCUUAUUUUAUUUUCUCAUUACUGGACACUGGACAGUAACAUUGUUGACGUUUGAACCCAAUCACAUACUGCGACCAUCAGAAAGUUGAACAAUGGUGGCUACAAUUAUACCGUAGUAGGCAGUAGCGUCACACACCACCUGCUUUAUGCUACUGACAUACAAAAAAAAUAGUUUAUCUCAGUUUGUUGGUCUUCUUUCUUUCAGAGGGAUUGAAAGAGUACUUUUGCAAGUAUGGCGAGGUGAAGGAGUGCAUGGUGAUGCGGGAUCCAGUUACUAAGCGUUCUAGGUGAGGGGGGCGUGCGCGGUGCAGCGCCCUAUCAGAAAAGCCCAAGCCUGCUCGGACACAUCACACCAGUUCAACUGCUCGUGAUGACAUAGGCCUACUUCAUUCAUAUGAUUAAUAUGUGUCAAUACUUUCUUUAUGUGUUUAAUUAUUGUACAGUGCCUUCAGAAAGUAUUCAUACCCGUUGACUUAUUCCACAUUUUGUUGUUACAGCCUGAAUUCAAAAUUGAUUAAAUAGAUUUUUCUCACCCCAUCUACACAAUACCACAUAUUGACAAAGUGAAAACAUAUUAUUAUUAUUUUUUGCACAUUUAUUGAAAAUAAAAUACAGAAAUCUCAUUUACAUACGUAUUCACAACCCUAAGUCAAUACAUGUUAGAAUCACGUUUAGCAGCGAUUACAGCUGUGAGUCUUCCUGGGUAAGUCUCUAAGAGCUUUGCACACCUGGAUUGUACAAUAUUUGCCCAUUAUUCUUUUCAAAAUUCUUCAAGCUCUGUCAAAUUGGUUGUUGACCAUUGCUAGACAACCAUUUUCAGGUCUUGCCAUAGAUUUUCACACAGAUUUAAGUCAAAACUGUAACUCGGCCACUCAGAAACAUUCACUGUCUUCUAGAUUUGGCCUUGUGUUUUAGGUUAUUGUCUUGUUGAAAGGUGAAUUCGUCUUCCAGUGUCUGGUGGAAAGCAGACUGAACCAGGUUUUCCUGAACCAGGUUGCCUGUGCUUAGCUCCAUUCCGUUUCUUUUUUAUCCUAAAAAACUCCCCAGUCCUUAACUAUUACAAGCAUACCAUAACAUGAUGCAACCACCACUAUACUUAAAAAUAUGAAGAGUGGUCCUCAGUAAUGUUUUGUAUUGCCAUAACAAAGGGGUUGAAUACUUAUUUACUCCAGACAUUUCAGCUUUUCAUUUUUAAUAAUUUUCAAAAAUAUUCAAAAAACAAAACUGCACAUUUACAUUUACGUCAUUUAGCAGACGCUCUUAUCCAGAGCGACUUACAUGAGCAAUUAGGGUUAUUUUUUGACAUUAUGGGGUAUUGUGUGUAGGCCAGUGACAAACAAUCUCAAUUAAAUCAAUUUUAAAUUCAGGCUGUAACACAACAAAUGUGGAAAAAGUCAAGGGGUGUGAAUACUUUCUGCUGGGUGCUGAGGCUCUUUGUUGAUAUUUAUUUGCAGGGGUUUUGGAUUUGUCACGUUUCUUGACCAGGCCGGUGUGGAUUCAGUUUUGGCAGUAACCAGGCAUGAGUUGGAUUCGAAAACAGUGAGUUAUUCAUCCACUUAAAGUAUUUCUGUAGACUAGAAUACUUUUCUAGUCUUAUCACUUCCAUUUUUAUACAAAAGCCUACUACAAAACAUGUCUUCCGUUCUCAAGAACUAAAACAUUAUUUGAUAUGGCUGUAGUAGUUUUAUCAAUUUGAAUAGUAUUUUAGACAUACUCUACUAUUAAAAAAAACAAAAAACUUUUGUAAAGUUAUUACGUUAUCUCUGGGAAAUAAGUUAAAUAUAGAUAUAUUAUUGCCUUUAUAUGGCACUAUUAAAGAGAUCCAUUGCUGCCUUUAAUUUAAACUAGACUACUAAACUAGGCUACUAGUAAAAUACUUUUGAGUAAUGCUCUUACCAUUAUGAUUUGCAAGUGUUCUUUAUACAUGACGCUUAAUGGGAUAUAAAAACUACACGUUGAGCCAUGGAGUAAAGCUCAGGAAUAGACUGGGCUACAGAAUGUGCUCUCUCUUUCCCUUACCCUCCACAGUGAAACAGUCAAGAAAGCAUUACACAGUGUCAAUUGCCAUGGUAACUGGGGGACCCAGACAGGGUUGUGUUCAAUAGCACCGUUUCUGCUUCAUAACAAGUGUAAACUCAUCAUCAAACGUUCUGCAUGCUGUUUUAUACUUCAGUUCGCAAGUCAUUUGUUCCUUGGGUGAAAAUUACCUACAUAACUGUCUUAUUUAAAAACAUCUAUGAAUUAACUUGUGCCUCUGCACCCUGAAACUAGUAAGCUACAGGUGUUGAUGUAGUUGGGACAAGAUAGUGAUAUUCCCAACAUUGUCAUAUCAGUGCUAUUCAAUAGGGAGGGCGUGUCAGAACAACCACUACCAUAUGGAAGGGCAUUAUUAUCCCUUGUGGGAAAACAAAACAAAAUCUCAGAACACCAUUAGCCAGAUCAAAGAUUGCCCUAUUGUUUCAGACAUUACCUGUUUCUAUGUGUACAUGUGCAUGAGGGAGUGUGUAUAACUUGUGUUUUUAAAACUCUGGGUGUUGUGUGUCUUUGUCAUUAAUGAAUGUGGGCUGGUUUGGGAACAAUGCUGCCCGUUGGUCGCCAUAGGGACGGCUAAGUUCCCCCUUACUGGGUGGGAGUGGUGAUGGCUGGGGGUAGGUCAGUGUAUUGAAAUGUGCUGAGGCUCUUUCUUCCCUUUUGUGUUUGGAGAGGUACACCAUCUCAACAUAUCUACAGAUAUACACACGGAAGAUUAGUUGAGACUAAAGAGGACACCACUCAGGGGAGGGAGGGAGGGGGUCAUAGUUAGGGUGGAGAGCUUUAUGGGAUGGGAACGGCACAGAUUCAAAGUAACAUUCUGUGCAGAAGUAUAGAAAAAGGUUUGUAGAUAAAUAAUAGAUUUACAAAAGUCAGACCAAGUCAAAGGUUACUACAUCAGUCUGAUUUGGCAUGAUGAUAGUUACAAUGGGGGCUUUAAUGGUUAGUUGCCAUGGCUUUUGUGUCUCCAUGACACCCCCCUCCAAAGAGAAUGGACACAAAACCAACAUCUUUGAAAAUGAUCAUUCCUGGGAUACCAGACUAGGUGACAGUUUAACCUCCUAUCAAAACCUAGAGGAGUAAUAGAUUAGAUCCAUGUGUUGUCAGCUGGAUGGAGCAUGGCUGAGUGUGGUUGGUAAAAGGGUGUGACUGUGCUCUGCAUGGCCGGUGCUCUGUUGUAGCUUUAGAGUGUGUGUGUCUGGGGUGGUCUGACUCAGUGACCAACGGCAGGGGUGGGAUAGUGAGUAGGGUAGGCUUUAGUUUAGAGUGAGAACACCCUGCCCCCCUCUCCUCUCUCUCUCACAGCCACAGGCAGGCUGUCCUGUUAGAGAGUAGAGAGAGAAAAGUUAUCCAAUGGCAACAGAAAGAAUGUACCAUGCUGUGACUGACUAACCUGCUCCAGGAUGAGAAUGGAGAGAUGUUUACUAAGAAGGACUUUUAUUUGUAACUGCUAGGCACACUGUCUGCAAGUGACUUGAGUAGACUUGAGUCUAUGGAGAAUUAUUGUAUUAUGUUCUUGUAAGAUUACUCCCAUUGGAGUGAUGUUGCACUCUGUCGUCAAGGUUUAGAAAAGUGUUUGAGGUAAAGUGAGUUUGACAAGAUAUUACAUCAUCCUAUAUUUCUCUAGCAUAACUUUAACACAAGGAUACUCAUUGCAACAGUAGUUCAAUCUCAAGUUACAGAGCUCCCGAGUGGCGCAGCGGUCUAAGGCACUGCAUCUCAUCUUGAGGCGUCACUACAGACCACCUGGUUCGAUUCCAGGCUGUAUCACAACCGGCCGUGAUUGGGUGUCCCAUAGGGCGGCGCACAAUUGGCCCAGCGUCGUCCAGGUUUGGCCGGUGUAGGCCGUCAUUGUAAAUAAGAAUUUGUUCUUAACUGACUUGCCUAGUUAAAUAAAGGUUAAAUAAAUAACAUUUAAAAAAAGACCACCUGCAGCUCGUAAAACAUAUUCUAUCUAAACAUAGAGAACUGUGUCAGUCGGACUCAGUCCUGAAUAUGGACGUCAUUGGUGCACUCCCACACCUGCUAUGCACCCACCCAAGGCAAGCUAUAAGGUCCUAAGAAAGGGAAAAUAAUAACCUGUCCUAGAAAAGGUCCAGUUCAAAUCAAAGAAGUUUGAGACAUCCUAAAAUCAUUCAUUCUAUGAUUAUAGAAUCUGUAUAGAUAAGCUGUUUCAGUUAGCCCUGACGUGAAGCGACAAGCAUGCUGACCCAGGAGGAAGACGAGGAGAGCGAGGAAGGGAUGCAUGAAGGGAUAGAGGGAAGGUGACAGGUGGGAUCACCCCAUUUGUGAUUAGUAUGGAUCUUUCAGUGUAACAUUUCUAGUGUUGAUUCAAGAGUUAAAUUAACACUGUAAAGAGUUAUAUUAACACUCAAUGAUGUAAAAGAACGCAAGUGUUGGUGUUCCCAUUAUUAUCAUAUUUCCCAGAAUACUUUAUUGCAGGUAGAUUUUUAGAAUUGUUUGUGUCAAUAUCUAUGUUUUUGCAUGUACAUUGAUUGAUUAAUUAAUCUUAUGCUACUCAUAUAUAAAUAAGAUACAUUUUUCUAAAUGAUUCCAAUCUGUUAUUUGGACUUAUUGUACCUGUUAUGGUUGUUCCAGUUUAUAUAUUUAAGGUAGUCUUAUAUCUUAGUCUUCCUAACCCUGGCAGUCAUUCUGAAUGCAGGUUGCGUGUAUAAAAAAUAUAAAUAAAUGUUGGAUUCCAAUAGGAAUUGCACAUCACUACGCAAUCCAGCGUAAUGUGAUUCACAGGGCUGAUGUGGCCUGUAAACUAUGAGUUUCAGGCCACUGAAUUAGAGUAAAACUAGGCCCUCAAAAGAAGGCCUUAUAAAAUAUGUAUUGUAUUGUCUUAAAUAAUUACAUUUUAAUGAGUUAGGAUCUCACUUGGUGAAGGCCACAGGACUGAAAAUGAAUGAUUGCAACAGCCAUGUCUCUGUCACUAACAAACACAGUCAUGGGUGGUACUGGUAACUCUAAAAUUCAAUCGACAGGCACCCUGGGAAAUAUGCAAACAAGGCUUAAAACUACAGCAGGGCUAUUCAAUUUCGGUCCUGGAGGGUCGAAACAUUUCUGUUUGGGAUUUUGUAUGGUUCUUCAAAGAAUCAUCCCAUUUAUGGUUCUUCAUAGAUCCUAAAAUGGUUCCCCUAUAGCAUCGCUCUCAAGAACCUUAUUUGGUUCCAACUUGCACCUUUAUUUUAAAGAGUGCAUGGUUGGACUGUAAUUGGUCAAAGGGAUCAUCCUGAUUUGAUAAGACCCCUUGCCUUGGUCUUAGUCUCAGCUCUGUGGACAGUCGGUGGGCCUGGGUUACAGCCUGGCCUGUCUCCCUGACACCAACACCUCUGCCACAUUUAGCGUGAUCCAAUAAAUAUGUCAUCAUGAUUUUUUUUUUAAGCAGGGUGUUUUACAGUUUCCAUGGUUAUGUAUUUUACUUUGUGUCAUAAAUAUAGAAAAGGGGGGCAUUUAACUUUCUCAAAUCAAUUCUCUAUUUGGGUCAUUCAUUUUGUUUUCAACAAUGAUUUUAUGAAAACGUUACCUCACCUGUCUAAUGUCCAUAUCUUCCCCCCAUGGGUGUGUGUUGGUUGCUCUAUGUUGAUUCUAUUUGUGUGUGUGUGUGUCUGUUUGUUUGUUUUUUAAUGUGCACAGGAGUGUUGGACAUCAGGAGGGUUGGUGACCGGAGGUGACUAUCAGAGUAGUCUAGAGACCAUAGAACUAAACAGUAGACUGCAUCCGAUACACCAUCCAGUCUAGAGACCAUAGAACUAAACAGUAGACUGCAUCCGAUACACCAUCCAGUCUAGAGACCAUAGAACUAAACAGUAGACUGCAUCCGAUACACCAUCCAGUCUAGAGACCAUAGAACUAAACAGUAGACUGCAUCCGAUACACCAUCCAGUCUAGAGACCAUAGAACUAAACAGUAGACUGCAUCCGAUACACCAUCCAGUCUAGAGACCAUAGAACUAAACAGUAGACUGCAUCCGAUACACCAUCCAGUCUAGAGACCAUAGAACUAAACAGUAGACUGCAUCCGAUACACCAUCCAGUCUAGAGACCAUAGAACUAAACAGUAGACUGCAUCCGAUACACCAUCCAGUCUAGAGACCAUAGAACUAAACAGUAGACUGCAUCCGAUACACCAUCCAGUCUAGAGACCAUAGAACUAAACAGUAGACUGCAUCCGAUACACCAUCCAGUCUAGCCUAGACUUCCCACUCUGCUCUAUAGAACCUGCUGUGAUGUCGACACUAUACACGUAGACUAAACACUGUACUUUACUCUGGUAAACGCAUGUGGUUUACCAUAGAGGCACUAGCUCUCUACUGUAGUUCUACUCUACCCUGUCAUGGUUACGGACUAAUAUAGAACAGUACAGAAUGGAGUAGUCUAAUUGUUCUCUAGUUCUAUUAGAUCAGUAUAGACUAAUACUAUAGAGGUCUCCAAGUCCUGUACUAUAGUCUCUAUAGUUGCAUCUUUUUGGCAUGGUGUAGUUAUACUCUUUAUCCAAUCUGAACAAAUGACUAUAUUGUCAAUUGUAAAUAUAUAAAUUCAAUGGUUUGGCUUUUGUGUGACAAAUUACAUGGUGAAUCUACAAUUGACCUGACAGUUUAUGUAAUUGAAUUAUUAUUAUUAUUAUUAUUAUAUUCAUUUAGUAUUAUUAUAUUUCAGUCUCUGCACUGUUAGUGAUAGCUUAGCUCUCACUUUUACUGAAGAACUGUGUGGAAGAACUGUGUGAUAAACACACUAUGAAAUGUUGGCUUUUAAAUAGCUCACAAAAUCAUCAUAAUGUCUUAGCGGGAGAGAAAGGCAAAAACAAACAAACACAAAGAAAUAAAAUGAGGCUGAUGUGCUGUCAGUGUGUGAGGUUGACGGCUCUCUCCCCUGUUUGCGUCCGUCCAUUCUCCCUCCUCGUCUUCCUCAUCUUCCUCUUGUUCUGUGCUGUCCCUCCCUUUCUUUCGCCUACUGUGUCUAUUUCGCUGCCCUUUUUUUGCGGAGGUGAGAUGUGAUUGUAGUGCCUGUGUGAGAUUCCAGGAGAUCACAUGUCGCAUGUUGGUGACGAGAGGAGGAGAGGGCUGUGGAAGGCAGGCAUGCCGGAAAACAUUCCCACACUUUCCACCUGCACACGCACACCAAUAAAUCAGCACUUCAGGGGUUGUAAAAGUAUUCAUUACAACUAAGACCAGCUCUGGCUGGGCCAAUGGGGUUAUGGUUACAAUUAGUUAAAAUGAGAGUUUCUUAGUUCCAAAUCUACCAGCAGAUUCUUUCAGAGAGAAAGUAAAUAUUAUACUCAUCUAUUUUUUCACCUUCUAUGCCCCACGUUGUGAAAAAAAAUGAUCCUUUAGUUGUCUUAUUGCUCUAGCUCUCAUAAUGACCUAAUGCAUGUACUGGUGCAGCAUUAUAACCCAGACACGCAUGUUAAGAAGGAAGCCUUACAGGAUGAGGCAAAGAGCGGCACCAAAGAAACCAUAACCAUGGACUUGGUUCACAGUUACCUGUAUUGAGCUGUGUGUCUAAACUGGCCUUUCUCCUCUUAACUCCCUCCUCUAGAUUGAUCCGAAAGUUGCAUUCCCUCGUAGAGCCCAGCCCAAGGUGAGUGAGCCAGUCUAGUCAUGGUUUAUCAGGGCUUAGUCCUGUGAGUCCAGUUUGAAUGGCAUUGCUGGGAGGGAGCAGAAUAGCCUGUGCUUGCUAUGUUAAGCUUUUCACAUUCUAUCUGGGCUAAUGCCUUGUCAUGAGAUGAACAUAACUGCUGCUGUGACAUCAAUGUGUUCCAUACUCUUGUGUGAUCAAGUGGCUUUUGUUAACACCUUAUACAGCACAAUAAUAUACAUUUGUAUAUUCAUAAGAGCCUAACGUGUAUACUGCAAGUUCACCGGCAUUAAUGCAGGUGGUGGUAGCAGAAUACGUUUUCUACAUAAGCAGUGUAACAAGUAUGUUAAUAAUGUACUGUACUGUUUGUCGUGAUGCCAUAAAGAUCAACAUAAAGUCUGAAACCAUUUUGUGGUAAUACUUGGCCAGAGCUAUUUCAGCUGACUCCUUUAUUUUUCAUGCAAAGGGGUCUUUUAGGUGCUUUGAGGUAAAUUGGAAGCUUGGCUGCUGGUGGUUUUUCCAUUGGCACCUGAAUUCAUUUAUAAUUGAGAUGGAUAAUACCAGGCUACCAAACUACAGCCACCAUUAAAAGUUCAUCUUAAUCCAUGGUGCUAUCACAGUUAUUCAUUCAUUCUCCAUCCAUUCAUAAACUGACCAAUUUUCCCUUGCAGCUAGUGACUCGGACCAAGAAGAUCUUUGUUGGAGGUCUGUCCGUGAACACGACCAUUGAGGAUGUCAAGGCGUAUUUUGACCAGUUCGGAAAGGUAAGCAGCAUGGGAGCUAGUAUAGCUAUUGAAAUGUGAUAUAGAAAGUAGACGUGUGGGGAUCUGUGUCUCAGACUGUGUUGAGGGAGUGGAGAUGAGUGUGAUGUUGCAACAUCCUCCAUGCCACUGUUUUCCUCAACCCGUCUCACAUCUUUGUUGUUUAGAUAAAACUGAUUGCUGAGUUAAGGGUAAAAAUGAAGUGCAAUUGAAGAGUUGUUUUGGAAGAAAGGAGAGUUACUCAUGGGAGGGGUGGAGGAGAAGAGGGAUAGAGAGGGUAGAACGGAGGUAUGGAGCAUUAGGCUAAGUUAGGGAGAAAAAGUUUUGGAGAGGGAGUGAGUGUGGCGAUGGUGGGGAAGGGGGAGGGAUUAUCAGAAUCUGAAUUAAUCUGAUGUAACAGCUGCUCCUACCCCCAACCCCCUCCUUGCCUGUUACCGUGGUAACCCGGCUUGCCCAUUGUCCCCAAGUAAUUCAGCGUUUUGUGUUGAGGGGGGGGGGGGGGGGGGGGUUGGAGGUUGGAGAGUGUCAACCCAGGAGUUGUGUAACAAUAACACUGGUAGACCAACGGUCAAAACAGACCCAAACCAGCAUACUUGUCACUUCCAGUCUGUCUUCAGUUCUUCAAACUUAUGCCUUUGAUUUUAUUUGAAUAUCCAUAGAUAUUUAUUUGAAUAUCCGUAUUGUACUCAAAGUUUUUACUCUUCCCACCAUAGAUUCCAAGGGCUUUGAAAUGCAGAGCAGAGAGAAUAAAUGAAGGGGUAACAAAGGCAGAAGGGAGAACGGGUGCAGGGAUUUAAUGGGACUAUUAUGUCUUUGAACAAAGCUAGGCAAAUAUUUUGUUAGUUUGUACAGGAGUUCAAUAUUUACAAGGAGGUGCGCUGUGGUGCGCUCGUACUCCUCUGUUGAAUUUUCUAACCUUUCUUACUUUUUGUUGACACUAUUUUAAACAGACAACUUGAAAUAGUGGUCGCAAGUAACCUACGCAAGUAAGUAAGGUGCAAAUUCAGUAGGAAAUCUGAUAAACCAAUGAGCCUGGAUACUAACUAGAUUAGCUUUCAACCCCAAUAAAAGGCUGCGGCGAAGCUAAUUUAUGUAGUUUACCAUUAGUCAGUCAGGGCAGAGUGAUUAUGUAAUAUUCAAUUCAAAGUCUUGAUAAUUGAAAUUAUACUUCCUGUAUCUAUCACAUACGUAUGUGGCACACAAAAUGCUUCACUCCCAAUCAUAAAACCACAUUAAUGGAAUGAGACAGAGAGAGAGAGAUGGAUAGAUGGAGAAAUGUAAGCUCUAGCCACCCAUGGAAGUUUCUGAUUAGACUGCCUCACUGGACCUUUUGUCUCCUGCCCUGCUCUGGACAAGGGGGUGGAGAGAGGGAUGGGGAGAGGAUGAGAGGGAGGAUGAGCAGUGUAAGAGAGGGGAAGAGGGGAAUAUUGUCCAGUGCACCAUUAAAAUGUCCCGUGUUUGAAAUAUAUAGCUUUGAAGGACGGUUAUUGACUUAUUUAGAAACAUUUAGUUAAAUGAGGACAUUAUUGACGUUUUAACUUGUAAACUUGAAUUGCACUGGGUACUUGUGGAAUUAUGUACAGUAUGUACAGUUUGGUUAAAGUUUGGUGCUCUAAACUGUGGAGCAACAUUGUCUGUGUUGUUGCAUUGCUGUGUCAUGGUGCUUGGCCUGGAAAGAGGCAGGGCUGGUUAGGGAGACAGGAGGGGUGAUACAGAAAUGUCAGAGUGGAAAGAGUCAGUGAUUUGAGAGAGCGAAGACCGACAGGUCUUCUUUCACAUUGGCUGGAGGCCCUCCUCCCUCACCCUUGACCUUUCUUUGUGCAAGCUGCCCAAGGGUGUCCCCAAGCACGAACACACACACACACUGACACACACGCAUUGACUAACACAAUGUAUCAGCUCUGGGUGGAACCGUAUAGGCGUGUGAAUAAGUGGUUCUGGCAAAUAGUAGGUGGAACCAUGUGCUCCUGCCAUUGGCUUUAUUGCAAACUGAAAGGCAUCAGAUAUUGAAUGUGGAAAGCCUUUCUACAAUAUUAGUUAGCAAUUCGUUUAGGAGUUCAUUUGAAUUAUAUUAGGUGUAUGACAGUUCAUGCUUUUUUAUUAGAUUUUGCAUUGAAAUGAAUUGGUCUGUGUUCAGUUGAAGGUGAAACCUGGGCCUCUGUACUGUGAAGGAGGGAGGUACAGAGAGGGAGAGAGAGAGGGCACUAGGAGAAGUGGAAUCAUGGCUGACUGUGCCAACAGACAAAGCCUCCACACCUCUUUGUUAUCUUGCUCCCAUUCUUUGUCUCUCUCUGUUCUCCUCCCUCCCAAUUUAGUCCCACAUUUUCUGUCUCCACCUCUAUCUCACGAUACUGUAUCUUUCACUUCUCUCUUUCUCUCACACACACCCGUCUCUACCUCACCAUGGUCUGUCUGUACGUGUAUUCUCUCCCCAGUCCCUCUUCCCCUCAUCCAACAUUAUACUUGCCCACAUUUCUACCUUACUUAUUGUACCCCCUACCACUCUCAUUCUCUUUCUCUCUUUCUGUCUUCUGUCUGUCUGUCUGUCUGUCUGUCUGUCUGUCUGUCUGUCUGUCUGUCUGUCUGUCUGUCUGUCUGUCUGUCUGUCUGUCUGUCUGUCUGUCUGUCUAUCUAUCUAUCUAUCUAUCUAUCUAUCUAUCUAUCUAUCUAUCUGUAUCUCUCUCUCUUCCUCUCUGUCUCUCUCACACUCUCACAUAUUCUCUCUCUCUUAACAAUUAAUGCUUGGUGCCGGAUAAAGAUCUUUAAGAUAUAUUUUUGCACAGUUGCAAUGGGAAUGGCAAACUUUGGAAAGUAGUGGGAGCGAGGGUGGAUUAUGUCCUCUUUUUCAGAGAGAGAUUGUGACUAUGCAAUUCAGAGGCAGGAAAUCAAACUAAGAGAAACAGUGAAGUGUUUCUGAUUUUGUGUUUGUCAAUCAAAACUUUUCUAGCGGCCAUCUUGUGCCCAUGCAUCAUUCAUUUCCCCCUCUUAAGAUGUUUUCUUUCUUCUGUUUUCUUCUCUUCCUCUACUGUGCUCCCCUCCCUCCUUCCCUCUUCUCCUUUGUAACCGGUCCCCCUCCUCCACCCCUCCUCGUUUUGCCCCUUCUGUCCAUCUGUUGCUGAGCCUCCCUGUAGAACUUGAGAAGGGGUGAGGUCAGACAAUAUGGCGCGUGUGUGCGUUGUGUGAGAUGAUGUGUGUAAAACUCUGUGUUUGUCUCCUCUAGGUUGAUGAUGCCUUGCUCAUGUUUGACAAGACCACCAACAGACACAGAGGUAAGACUGAGUAACCCUCUCUCUGUCCAGUCCCCCAGUACUCCAAGCCUUACAUCUCUGUAUCCUCAAUUGUUUUUUUACAUUUACAUUUAAGUCAUUUAGCAGAAGCUCUUAUCCAGAGCGACUUUCAGUUAGUGGGUUCUUCUUAAUGUAGCUAGGUAAGACAACCACAUAUCACAAUCGUAGUAAGUAAUACGUUUCUUGAAUAAUGCAACUAUCAGCUAUCUCCUCCUUGUAGGCUGAACAGGAGGAACUGAGUAGGAGGAGAGGAACGAGUCUAGGCUAAUUAGUCAGUCUGUUAAUCGGGGAUCAGGAUAAAGCCUCCUUAAGCACCUCCUACCCACCCUGGGACUGAUCGAUUAUGACAGCCCACCAGCUUUACUCGGCUGAGAGAGGUAGGGAGGCUCGCUCGCUGACCUGGCCAGGAGGGAGGGGAGGGAGGAGGGGAUGAGCCAGGAACAGCGCCCCAGAGGGGGGAGGGUGCCAGUGUACUAAGCGGCUAUUACAGUACCUAAUACAGGAGGUGGUUAGCAGUAGUGCAUUAGCCCCACUCUCUAACUCCCAGAGACAGUAGAAUGGAUUUACCUAAAAUUGGGUCUGAGAUGCUCAAUAAUGGGAACAAGGGCUUUAAUCAAUGGUGUUGCCAUGCACUUCAUGAGCUGACACUCCUCAUAUUCUUUAUUUGUAUUUGUCCACUCCAGGGUUUGGCUUUGUCACGUUUGAGAAUGAGGAUGUGGUGGAGAAAGUGUGUGAGAUGCACUUCCAUGAGAUAAACAGCAAAAUGGUAAGCUAAGAAGUCAAUCCUUCGUAAUUCAAUACACAAUGUAAUUGUUAGAGUUGUAGUUGUUGACUGUUUUGUCCCCCUCGUGUGUUUCUGACAGGUGGAGUGUAAGAAGGCUCAGCCCAAGGAAGUGAUGUCACCCACGGGAUCGGCCAGGGGGCGCUCUCGGGUAAUGCCCUACGGCAUGGAUGCCUUCAUGCUGGGCAUCGGCAUGCUGGGUAAGCUCAUAGUGACGAUGAUGAUGACAGUAAUGUCGAUGAUGAUGAUGUGGCCCCUCAUAUCCUUUUACCCCAUACCAUCAAAUGACUGUGUUAAGAAUCUUCUCAUAAUAUCAUAUUUUAUAUUAUGUGUAGAUGAUUUACCACAGAUGUUACUACCGCUACGGGACAGAUAGCAUACCCUUAAUAAGAUAAUCUCCCCUUAAUAAGAUCAUUUCAUAUUUGAGCCUGCCAACUGAAAAGUCUAUUAAAACAUGUGGUACCAAAUUAGUCUGAGGUACCCUGGAAUUUAUGCACUCUAUGAUCUUGGGAUAAAGUAAUGCAUGUAUGUGUGUAAUAUUGAUAUUUAUGAGAUAUAUAAUAGGAUUUAGUGGUUAAAGCAUGCCUCUGAAGAUGGGCUAAUUAUGACACUACCAUAUACUGUUCAGUCUGAGAACUGCAAUAUUCCCAAUGACGUUGGCAGGACAACAGGGAAUUAUAGGCAAGGGUACAGUUGUUAAGUUAGAUAAACUUUGAGCUGAGCAUACAUACACAAAAUAUCCUGUUGGCUGAUCUAGACUAAAGAAUGUAAUUGACUGUAUUGUUUCUGUGAACCUGUUGUUACAUUGACAGUAUCCUCUUUCACAGGCAGGGGGCAGCACUGUUUCACUCAAACACAGACGCAUGACUGUCCUUUCACCAUAGGUUACCCAGGGUUUCAGACAGCUACCUAUGCUAGUCGAAGUUACACUGGCAUCACCCCUGGAUAUACCUAUCAAUUCCCUGGUAAGAACCUACUCCUCCACCCAUUCAUACUCCCUUGAGUUAAUCAUUGCCAUUUUGUCCUGUCCCUGGACCGUCACAGUGUAGUGGAGGAGUCCAAUCAUUUGAUGAUGGUUGUGUAUUUCUUAGGGUUUAUUCAUUUUCACUUGGUGUGUGUCCAGACUCGUCAUACUGUAUAUAGCUCCCACAACACAGACAAACUCUUUAACCAAUACACAAACAUGCCUCCAUGGGAGCUCAUAAAGCACUCUGAGUGUCAUUUGCUGCUAAUAAAUAUCAGGGAGUGGACCACAUGUGAUUGUGUGUGUUUGUAAGAGAAAGAGUGGGUAUGUUUGUGGGGGAAAGUAUAUUCUUAUUCCAUCCUAACGUAUUACGCUUGAACAACCAGUUAAGCUGAAUUUUUCUGCUACGUAAAUCUGCCACUUCCCAUUCCAUCUUCAUUUCUUCCUCUUCCUCCAUCUCCCUGGUCAAAUCAAAUCAAAUCAAAUGUUAUUUGUCACAAGGCUCCCGAGUGGUGCAGCGGUCUAAGACACUGCAUCUCAGUGCUUGAGGCGUCACUACAGACCCCCUGGUUCGAUUCCAGGCUGUAUCACAACCGGCCGUGAUUGGGAGUCCCAUAGGGCGGCGCACAAUUGGCCCAGCGUCGUCCAGGUUUGGCCGGUGUAGGCCGUCAUUGUAAAUAAGAAUUUGUUCUUAACUGACUUGCCUAGUUAAAUAAAGGUAAAAUAAAAAUAAUAAUACAAAUGUGCCGAUUACAACAGGUGUAGACCUUACUGUUAAAUGCUUACUUACAAUGCAGUUCAAGAAAUAAAGUUAAGAAAAUAUUUACUAAAUAAACUAAGGUAUAAAAAAAUCUAAUCAAAUCAAAAAGUAACACACGAAAAUGACAUAACAAUAACGAGGCUAUAUACAGGGGGUACCGGUACUGAGUCAAUGAGCGGGGGUACAGGUUAAUCGAGGUAAUUUGUAAAGUCACUAUGCAUAGAUAAUAAACAGCGAGUAGCAGCAGUAUAAAAAUGUAAAUAGUCUGGGUAGCCAUUUGAUUAAUUCUUCAGCAGUCUUAUGGCUUGGGGGAUAGAAGCUGUUAAGGAGCCUUUAUGGUCCUAGACUUGGCGCUCCGGUACCGCUUGGCGUGCAAUAGCAGAGAGAACAGUCUAUGACUUGGGUGACUGGAGUCUUUGACCAUUUUUUGGGCCUUCCUCUGACACCGCCUAGUAUAUAGGUCCUGGAUGUCAGAAAGCUUGGCCCCAGUGAUGUACUGGGCCAUACGCACUACCCUCUGUAGCGCCUUAAGGUCAGAUGCCAAGCAGUUGCCAUACCAGGCGGUGAUGCAACCGGUCAGGAUGCUCUCGAUGGUGCAGCUGUAGAACUUUUUGAGGAUCUGAGGACCCCUGCCAAAUCUUUUCAGUCUCCUGGGGGGGAAAAGGUGUUGUCGUGCCCUCUUCACAACUGUCUUGGUUUGUUUGGACCAUGAUAAUUUGAUGGUGAUGUGGACACCAAGGAACUUGAAACUCUCGACCUGCUCCACUUCAGCCCCGUCGAUGUUAAUGGGGGUCUGUUUGGCCGUCCUUUUCCUAUAGUCCACGAUUAGCUCCAUUGUCUUGCUCACAUGGAGGGAGAGGUUGUUGUCCUGGCACCACACUGCCAGGUUUCUGAGCUCCUCCCUAUAGGCUAUCUCAUUGUUGUCUGUGAUCAGGCCUACCACUGUUGUGUCGUCAGUAAACUUAAUGAUGGUGUUGGAGUCAUGCUUGGCCACACAGUCGUGGGUGAACAGGAAGUACAGGAGGGGACUAAGCACGCACCCCUGAGGGGCCCCAGUGUUGAGGAGCAGUGUGGCAGAUGUGGUGUUGCCUACCCUUAACACCUGGGGGCGGCCCGUCAGGAAGUCCAGGAUCCAGUUGCAGAGGGAAGUGUUUAGUCCCAGGGUCCUUAGCUUAGUGAUGAGCUUUGAAUUAGUGUAGGUACACUUGGCAUCACUUCUCAUGUAUUGAACCAGCAACAUGUUUCAUGUUAAGUUUGGACUUGAAUGUUAAAUUGGUAGUGUUGAGCAAAAGGGUUUGAAUUUCUUCCUGCAUGGGGUGGCAGGUAGCUUAGUGGUUAAGAGCGUUGUGGCAGUAACCGAAAGGUCGCUGGUUCUAAUCCCCGAGCCGACUAGGUGAAAAAUCUGUCGAUGUGCCCUUGAGCAAGGCACUUAACCCUAAUUGCUCAUGUAAGUCGCUCUGGAUAAGAGCAUCUGCUAAAUGAUUAAAAUGUAAUGUAAAAUGUGUUGAACGCUGUGCUGUAGUCAAUUAACAGCAUUCUCACAUAGGUGUUCCUUUUGUCCAGGUGGGAGUGUGGAGUGCGAUUUGAGAUUGCGUCAUCUGUGGAUCUAUUGGGGCGGUAUGCAAAUUGGAGUGGGUCUAGGGUUUCCGGCAUGAUGGUGUUGAUGUGAGCCAUGACCAGCCUUUCAAAGCACUUCGUGGCUACCGACGUGAGGGCUACGGGGCGGUAAUCAUUUAGGCAGGUUACCUUCACUUUCUUGGACACAGGGGCUAUGGUGGUCUGUUUGAAACGUGUAGGUAUUACAGACUCGGUCAGGGAGAGGUUGAAAAUGUCAGUGAAGACACUUGCCAAUUGGUCUUCGCAUGCUUUGAGUACACGUCCUGGUAAUCCAUCUGGCCCCGCGGCUUUGUGAAUGUUGACCUGUUUAAAGGUCUUGCUCAUAUCGGCUACGGAGAACAUGAUCACAAAGUCGUCCGGAACAGCUGGUGCUCUCAUGCAUGCUUCAGUGUUGCUUGCCUCAAAGCGAGCAUAAAAGGCAUUUAGCUCGUCUGGUAGGCUCGCGUCACUGGGCAGCUCGCGGCUGGGUUUCCCUUUUUUUCAAGCCCUGCCACAUCCGACGAACGUCAGAGCCGGUGUAGUAGAUUUCAAUCUUAGUCCUGUUUUGACGCUUUGCCUGUUUGAUGGUUUGUCUGAGGGCAUAGCGGGAUUUCUAAUAAGCGUCCGGAUAAGUGUCCCGCUCCUUGAAAGCGGCAGCUCUAGCCUUUAGCUCGGUGCAGAUGUUGCUUGUAAUCCAUGGCUUCUGGUUGGGAAAUGUACGUACAGUCACUUAUUGAUGAAGCCGGUGACUGAGGUGGUAUACUCCUCAAUGCCGUUGGAUGAAUCCCAGAACAUAUUCCAGUCUGGGCUAGCAAAACAGUCCUGUAGCGUAGCAUCCGCGUCAUCUGACCACUUCCGUAUUGAGCGAGUCCUGCUUUAGUUUUUGCUUGUAAGCAGGAAUCAGGAGGAUAGAAUUAUGGUCAGAUUUGCCAAAUGGGGGGCGAGAGAGAGCUUUGUAUGCAUCUCUGUGUGUGGUGUAAAGAUGGUCUAGAGUUUUAUUUCCUCUGGUUGCACAUGUGACAUGCUGGUAGAAUUGAGGUAAAACAGAUUUGUUUGCCUGCAUUAAAGUCCCCGGCCACUAGCAGCGCCGUUUCUGGAUGAGCAUUUUCUUGUUUGCUUAUGGCCUUAUACAGCUUGUUGAGUGCGGUAUUAGUGCCAGCAUCGGUUUGUGGUGGUAAAUAGACGACUACGAAUAAUAUAGAUGAGAACUCUCUUGGUAGAUAGUGUGGUCUAUUUCUUAUCAUGGUGUCACCCUAGUUGUAUGUUCUCUGCCAGUGUGUGUGUGUGUACGGAUGAGUGUGUCCCUUACCUCGCUGGUGUGGUGUGUUUCAACAGCACUCUCUGAUGUUUCUGUUCUAGAAUUCCAUUUAGAGAGGACCCCCCUUCUGACAUCACCACACCCCCCUGAGCUCACAGGUCAGUCCCUCCUCUGGACUUUACAAGCAGCAUGCUGUCAGUCUGCUACACACCCCUUUACUGUGCUACACACCAGUUAUUAAACAGUGACACCAGUUAUUACACAGUAAUUACACACCACACAGUCGUGGGUUUGCACUCGUCAGUGUAAUGUAGCCCCAUAUGUUAGAGUUGGACAUGAUGUCAAUGAUAAUGAUAAAAAUCUCCUCUUCCCUGUCAGCCAUUCCUCUGUCGGCAUAUGGACCAAUGGCAGUGGCGGCAGCAGCGGUAGCUAGAGGUAUGUAUGUAUGAUGGGUUGAGAAAUGAUUGCCAAUUUGUUGUACAGUAUUUCUCCUGUGUACCUAAUGAUGUGUGGGUCUACUUAUUUGCAUCUGUAUAUGUUAUUUUAGGCUCCGUCCCCUCUCGCUCGGGGGGGUUCAACAGCCCUGGGCCAAUGGCAGACUUAUAUGCAGCAGCCAAUCAGGAGUCUGCUGUCAGCAGUUACCUCAGCGCUGCAAGCCCCUCCCCAAGCACUGGGUUCGGCCAUAGUCUGGGGGUAAGACACAGCCCUUAUCACGUAGGUAUUUUAGACCCUAUUCAUGUUUGGAAAUGCAAAAGGUGUCUGCAUACUAUCUGUUCAGUUUGUCAUAGGAAGACUAUCUAUGCUAUAUAGCAGUGCUCCUAAGAUGUUGAUCUUGGCACGUGUUCAUAGAUCCAUCAUGCAAUAGUGUCCAAUCCUGUGUUAUGACCGUAUUUACAUUGAGGGGGUCUGUUAUGAGGAUAGAAUUGUCUGUCAACUGUUAAAUCAAGUCAAAUGAACAAGAAAUGAUGCUCUUGGGUAAUCUACUGUCCAUUUUGACAGAUUUUGCUGGCACAUUUGGUGAGGGUUGUGUUAUUGUAUUGUUGAGUGUGAUAUGAUGGGCGCUCCCUCUAAUCUCUCCUGUGUGUCUGACUGCUUCCUACAGGGUCCUCUGAUCGCUGCGGCCUUCACUAACGGCUACCACUGA